AUGAACGUAAACCCGAACGUUCCCAACAUGAACGCCAUGGGUGGCCCAGUCGGCGCACCCAUGCCGAUGAUGAACAAUGGUGUCGUCCCUCCCCAGGCCGUUCCUGGCCCUGGCCCCGGGCCUGCUCCGCGACCAGUACUAGCUCCCACUGAGAGCCAGCGAACACUUCUCAACACUUACAUCUAUGAGUACUUCAUCCGAAACAAUAUGUACGAUUGUGCUCGUGCGCUUCUCGGCAGCGAUGCGCAGGUUAAUGUGCAUAAGGACAGUCACAAUCGUCGUAGGGAUGAGAACGGCAAUGUCCUCGGCAACGGUCUUGGUGACGACCCCAUGGAUACCGACUCCAAGGAUGACAUGGACAAGCUGCCGGAAACCUGCCCGGCGCCAGUUGCGUAUGCCUGCAUCCGAGACUCACGCUUGCGCCAGAAUCAGCAACAAGAACUACUUCGUCAAAUGCGCCCCGACGGUCUCGCCCAGCAGCAAUACCAGGCCCAGAUGAUGCGAAGCAUGCAAAAUGGGGGUAUGGCCAUGGGCAUGAAACAGGGUAACCUUGCGCGAACAGCCAUGGCCAACAAUCAAAACAAUCCUCAAGCUAUGCAGAUGCUUCACCAGGCAAAGCAGAAUCAGAUGCAGAGGGACCCCUCGGAUAUGGAUGGUAACCGCCCACGGCCUGCGUCUCCCGGUUCCUCGGAAAACGCUCCCUCACCCUCCAAACGACCUCGCCUGGACGGCGCCCCUUUCAACCCUAACCAGCCUGGGAUGAUGCCCAACGGAAGACCACAACAGGGCAUGCCGGGCCAGCAGCAGGUGGGGAACGCCCAGCACGCAGCACAAGCCACGCAAAUGCUUCUAAGCAACGGCAUUAACCCAGCUCAGCUGACCCCUCAGCAGUUCAACACCUUCUCAAACCAACCCCCAGCUGUACAGGCAAAAUCCAUUGCCACCUAUGCUCAAAAUCUUCAACAGCAUCAAGCAAGCCAGAUGCCCAACAAGCAGAUGCCUAAUGCACCAGGAGGUCCUCAGGCGCAGGGAUCGCCCAUGAUGCCGCAGAAUCCUGAGCAAGCCGCUGCUCUGACAGCAUACUACAAUGCGGGGGAAAUGGGACCAGGUGGCAUGCGACCUGGUCCCGGUGGUCCCCAAGCUGGCGGUGGAAGUAACCACGCUCUGCAAGACUAUCAAAUGCAGCUAAUGCUUCUCGAGCAACAGAAUAAGAAGAGACUCAUGAUGGCUCGGCAAGAACAAGACAAUAUGGGCGGCAUGCCUCGUGGCGAUGGUGCUACAGGUCCUGGCGGCCCUGGCGGUCCGACUGGUCCGAACGGUCAGCCCUUCCCAGAGACUUCACCCCAAGGUGGCAGAACCGGCGCCUCUCCGAUCCCUUCCGACCAGAUGAAGCGAGGUACGCCACAGAUGAACAACGCUGGAAUUCCUUCCCCAUUGCCCGAGGGCGCCCAAUCUCGCGGCUCUCCUAGCACGAUGAACUUUAUGCCCAAUUCCAUGGAUCCUUCUAUGGCACCAAACUUUUUCAGCAAAGACAUGGCGAACAUUGGCGGCAACAUGGUUCCCGGAGCACAUAUGAAUGGCAUGCGCCCACACAAUGGCCAUCCAGGCCAGCCCUUUAACGGGCCACAGAUGAACCCACAGCAGAUGAUGGCUGCUAGACAGCAGCAGCAGCAAGGUGCACCAGGUGGAAAUCCUGCGGGACAGUGGCAAGCAGCGCCCAAUGGCCAGAUGGUUCCUCCCGGCCCAAUCCAGGGCACCCCGCAACAACGGGCCAUGCCACCCCCUUCGGCUCCAGGACCGAAUACGAACAGGACGAACACCUCUUCGCCACAACAGCCUGCAGCAGCGCCACCAACGCCGUCACAAACAAACAAGGCUGCCCCGAAGAAGAAGGACACAAAGAAUGCGAAGAGCAAGGCUGCCACAAACAAGAAGUCGAACUCGAACCUUAACGCAGGCACCACGCCUGCUGCCGACGGUGCUGCGGAAGCAGAGCCACCGACGCCAGCUACUCCUAUGACACCCGUCAAUGCUGCUGGCUUCAACAAGGCAGGUCCCAGCACGACGGCCGCUGGAGCGUCAAACGGGCAAGUAGCUCCCGCCGCUCCUGUGGCACCGCCUGCAGCUUCAGCUCCUCCCCCGCCUCAGCCAGAUGCAUCUCAAAAUGGAUCCUUCGGCGGCAUGGAUAAUUCAGCAGACAUGAUGAACUUUGGCACCAUGGACUUUGCCAACCCUCUCGUGUCGAACGAUGUUCUCAACGACUUCGACUUUGAUUCUUUCCUCCAUGAAGACGGAGAUAACCAAGGGUUUGAUUUUAACGCCGGCUCGUUCGGUAUGGAAGGCGGAGAAAUUGGAGCCGAAUAA